AUGGACAUCCAAACAGAAGUUGAAACACUAAGUGCAAUUUAUGGAGAUAAAGUAAGCUAUGAAAAUAAUGUUCUUUCAUGUACUAUUGAAGAAACAGUUGAUGAAAAUCUUCAAAUAGUUAAAGGUUCAAUAACAAUUAAAUUUACUAUACCAGAAGAUUAUCCAGAGACACAUCCAACAUUUGUUCUUGAAACAGAAGAAGAUUUUAUUAAUCAAAAAAUCGAAAGAAUAGAAAAAAACAUUGAAGAAAUAAUUGAAGAAGAAUUUACAUGUUUAUUUGAACUUGUCGAUCAAGUUAAAGAUAUGGUUAUUGAAAUACUUAAAGAACAAGUAAUAUUUUUAAAUGAAGAAAUAGUAAGAAAAGAAAAAGAAGAGGAACGAGCAAGAGAAAGAGAAUUUAUAGGAACAACAAAGAAAACAUUUGAAGAGUGGUGGAAAGAUAAAGAGAAAGAAAGAAAAAUCACAAUUGAAAAGAUUAAAAAAGAGAAAGAAGCAGAAAUGAAUAGAAAGAAAGGACGAAUGACAGGGAAAGAAUUUUUUAUGAAUAAUCCAAGAAUGGCAGAACAACUUAAAGAAGAAAAUAAUGAAGAAGAAGAAAAAGUAGAAGAAACACUUAAAGAACAAGGAGUAGAUUUAGAGAUGUUUACAGAAGAAUUAGAUAUUUAA